AUGUCGUGUGCACCAAUAGGAUGGUCCAUCGGGAAGAUGAAUCUACAUUUUAAGCCAGUUCUUCCUACGGAUUCAGGGAUGUUUUCUAUCAUGCAUAAAUCCGCUAAGCGAUAUAGUCCCAAGGAACUCAGGGAAGACAUUAGAAAUAUCGACAUCGCUAGACGGAUUUUGCAUCGUCAGCGCAUGUCUGUGAAACUGUUUGCAGGACACAGACGACCUGCUAAAGACGAGAUACUCGACGUUUCUCGGAGACUUUAUAAGGACAGUCGUGAAUGUCUACUAAGAAAAAGUCUCAACCAUCUUCCUCCCGUGACACAAGCACAUUAUGCAACUGAUGACGUCAGGGAUGUUGUGGACAGGCUAUCUACAUACGACCCGGAAAAGAUUCCCGAAUCGAAAGGUCAAGUUGUUAGGCUUCCAACGCCAAUUGUCUAUAAGAAGAAAUAUACAGAAGAAGAAGUCAGAGACAUUGUGAAACGACUUGCCCAAUAUGAUCCUAAGAAGUGGCCCGCAGAGUCAAAGGGCGGCGCUCCAAAUGUAGUGACACAACUUCCGCGCCAAACCAUGGCUCGUGUCAAAAAGUGUUCUGCUGAUGAAGUUCAGGAAAUAGUGGAUAGAUUGUAUACGUUUGAUGAUUCGAAAACUGAAUGUCGCGGAAAAACUGCUAUUUCUCUUCCAGCACGUGGUAACACUUGGAUCUAA